ACGUUCUGCGAGCGCUAAGAGGAAGGAGGGAGUACAUGUUUUGGAGCGGAUGGUGAGAAAGGCAAGCUCGCGCCGCCUCUCUGUGUUGGCAACCCGGCUGGUGGUCAAGUUUCGCCUUCUGGGGCCAGCCGUAGGUCUUGGCGAGGGACAUAGAUCCGGAUUCGCAUCCUGACCGGCCAACCGACGCUGGUCGAGGUGACCACGCUCCUGGGCAUCCGCACCUGCAGUCCGCAGGGGACCCCGCCGCCUUCUCCAGGGCGUCAGAGAGGACGGACCCUUGGGUGCUAGGGCUCCUGGGUGCCGGGGCCAAGUUUCCGAGUGCCGCUUUCAGCAGCGCACCAACCGGAAGUGGCCGUGUUGUGGCGGAAGGAGGCGAUUUCUGGAAGUAGCCGGUGCUGAGAGAACCGUGGCCGGCAAAGAUGAUUCAGGCGAUUCUGGUUUUCAACAACCAUGGAAAGCCGCGGCUAGUCCGCUUCUACCAGCGUUUCCCAGAAGAAAUUCAACAGCAGAUUGUUCGAGAGACUUUCCAUCUAGUCCUUAAGCGGGAUGACAACAUCUGUAACUUCUUGGAGGGUGGAAGUUUGAUUGGUGGCUCUGACUACAAACUGAUCUACCGACACUAUGCUACCCUCUACUUUGUAUUUUGUGUGGAUUCCUCAGAGAGUGAACUUGGAAUCUUGGACCUCAUCCAGGUUUUUGUGGAAACUCUGGAUAAGUGUUUUGAAAAUGUGUGUGAAUUGGAUUUGAUCUUCCACAUGGAUAAGGUACACUACAUCCUCCAGGAGGUGGUGAUGGGUGGGAUGGUGUUAGAAACAAACAUGAAUGAAAUCGUGGCUCAGAUUGAAGCUCAAAACAGGCUGGAGAAAUCUGAGGGUGGCCUUUCAGCAGCCCCUGCGCGGGCUGUGUCUGCUGUGAAAAACAUCAACCUGCCAGAGAUUCCUCGGAACAUCAACAUUGGCGAUCUCAACAUCAAAGUUCCCAACCUGUCCCAGUUUGUCUGAGGGUCAAGGAUUGGGCUGAAACAGAGUCCUUAAGACAAGCAAAGACAAGCGCGUCUGGAAACAGAACCCAUUUUGAGCCAUAGAAGAGUCAGGCCUUAGGACCUGGAACCUUUGUGUCUGGGGAAGACUGUUUGGCAUGGAAUGGGGAAGGGAUUCCUAUUGACACUGCUCGGGUGUGCCCAGUUCUCACAUGUGCAGCCAUGCCGUUCUCUGAUGCACACGGCCGCUGUAGAUGUGAGGGGCCCUGCCUGCCUCAGCAUGCCCAAGCCACUUGCACCUUUACCUUUCACAUGGACGCUCCCAAGGGUUAGGGACUGCAUUGAGCAGACCCACCUGCUUCCCAGAACCUCCUCACUAGGGCUGAGCGCCUUCUCUGACUAGAGUCUUCAUCCUUAGCACCACAGACUUCUGAGGUCCCAUGGCCUUUUCUUGCUGGUGAGGUGUCAUAGGUAGAAAUGGGCUGGCCCUUCAGAUUUGGGGGUGUGGUGAGUGGCAAGUAAGGGCAGAAUUUUAGGAGAACCAGAGUCACCUGCUGACUCUAUUGAGAUUGCUACACCCAGAAUCCUUUUGUGGUUUUUUUGUGGGUUUUUUUUUUUUGAGACGGAGUCUUGCUCUGUCGCCCAGGCUAGAGUGCAGUGGUGUAAUCUUGGCUCACUGCAACCUCUGCUUCCUGGGUUCAAGCAAUUCUCCUGUCUCAGCCUCCCCAGUAGCUGGGAUUACAGCACCCACCACCACGCCCAGCUAAUUUUUGUAUUUUUAGUAGAAACGGUUUCACCAUGUUAGCCAGGCUAGUCUCGAACUCCUGGACCUCAAGUGAUCCACCCGCCUCGGCCUCCCAAAGUGCUGGCAUUACAGGUGUGAGCCACCAUGCCCUGCCACCAGAAUUCCUUUUGUAUAGCCGAGCCUUUUGGUUACCACCUCUUGAAGAAUAUGCUUCCUGCAUUGUCCUAGUCCCAGUUGUAUUCUCACAGGUAUUAUGUGCAGGACACGAUCCAAAUCAUAAACCUGGCGCAUGCCCACCACAUUUCUGCUAAUAGGAAGAGGGACCCACCACACACCAGCACGUGCCAGAGGUCUCUCCUCCCAGAGGAGAGGCCUUGUGUCUGUAGAAGGUUAAAGCUGACAACAUGUGAAACAUCCCAGAAUUAUGACUCUUCCCAAGUUUAAAAUACAUUCUCCUUGUGGGAGCAGAA